AUGGACGCGGACGGUCGAGCUGCGGCAAUUGUGGAGGAAUCGACCAUGAACGUGAAGACGGUGGCCGCAUGCAACGGCCAGGAAACAAUGCUCAGCCGUUACCAACGGGCACUUAAAACUGGGCGCAAAUUUGCCUUACGGAUCUAUGCAGUUGCGGGUUUCUACGAUGGCCUUUUUUUCCUUGUCUUGUAUAUCUUCUUUGCUGCAGGCAUAUAUUACGGUGCAUAUUUGUACAAAAUUGGCGUAGUGGUCGAUCCGGGCGAUGUUUUUGUUACUUCAUAUUCGAUUUUGUUCGGUUCUUAUUAUCUGGGCUUGCUAAGUCCGCAUCUCAUGGCAGUGCUAAAUGCUCGAGUCGCCGCCGCAGUUAUCUACAAAAUGAUUGACCGCAUCAUUUUUGGGCGCAUUCAUUCAAAAAGAGUGUAA